GCCUUCAAAGCACCAAGUCCACCUCGAGCUCGUCUCCGGUCCCGUUAUACAGAACACUUGGAACCUCAUAGAAACGAGAGCAACGAUGGCAGCUACUACGCUCGACGCGAUCAUGCUCUUCGGAGACUCCAUCACGCAGGGCGCUUGGGAGCUCAACGGUAUCGGGGCGCGUCUCGCUCACGUUUACGCUCGUAAAUUCGACGUGCUCAACCGUGGGUACUCUGGGUACACCACCGAAUGGGCCCUCCCCGUCUUUGAGAAGAUCUUCGCAAAACAGCAUGAACAGAAACACGUCGCCCCCGUCCGUCUCCUCACCAUCUGGUUCGGCGCGAACGAUGCCUGCCUGAAACAGUCGCCACAACACGUACCCUUGCCCCGAUUCUCCGAGAACUUGCAGACCAUCAUCCAUAUGAUCACUUCACCCGAGUCGCCUUAUUAUUCCCCGAACACGAAGAUCUUGCUCAUCGCGCCACCACCGGUGAACACGUACCAGCGAGGUGCUGAUCUCGCAAAGAGAGAUCCUCCAGUGGAGUUGGACCGAACGUUUGAGAAUACGAGAGAGUAUGCGAGGGAGGUGGGACGUGUAGGCGAGAAGGAGGGUAUACCCGUUGUAGACGUCUGGACGAAGCUCUGGGAAAGUGCGGGUCAGGACGAGAGGGCGCUGAACAAAUACCUCUACGAUGGUCUGCAUCUGAAUGAGGCGGGCUAUGCGAUCGCGUACGACGCGAUUAUCGAGGCGAUUCGGACUUCGUACCCGGAGCUGAGGCAUGACAAGAUGGACUAUGUGGUUCCGGAGUGGAGGUAUUUCCUCGACCACACCGUUGAAGAUCUCAGGACGAAGCUCGGACAGUGAUGAGAUGAUGGGCGACAACACUGAGGGAAGUAGUAGACGUUUAUGUAGACCCUGCCAUGACCAAAAAUGUAUCUAGCGCCACACAACCUACGUCUGCGUCGCAACUGUAUCAAA